UUACAUUUCAUAGUAAGUUCAGUUCUUGCAUAAAUCGUAAGUCCGAUUAAAAUUUAAGAUGAUUUUCUUAUACAUGGGCUGUUUGCUGCUACUUUUGUACUAUUUGUGUACAAAAAACCACAACUACUGGGAGUCCAGGGGAGUUCCGUUUGAAAAACCGGUUUUCUUCGUGGGAAAUUUUUACAAAAUCCUGGCCGGGAAACAACACAUUUCGUAUCGAAUGCGCGAAAUUUACAACAGUUUUAACACUCCCUACAUCGGAAUUUACAUUUUCCACCAGCCGAACCUCGUAAUCAAGAGUCCAGACUUAGUGAAGAAAAUUUUGGUCAAAGAUUUCGACAAAUUCAUCAACCGCAGAGUUGCUACAAAUGAAGCUGUUGAUCCCAUCGCAACCCACACUCUUUUCAGUGCCCAAGACCAAGUGUGGAAAAACCUCCGUGCCAAAAUUUCCCCAGUUUUCACGUCCGGAAAAAUGAAACUGAUGUUUCCUUUAAUGAAGGAAUGUGGAUCAGACUUGGUUGAAUAUUUGGAUAAACGAAACGGAGAAGUAGUGGAGGUUAGAAACAUGACGAAAAAGUUUGCUGUUGACAUUAUAUCGUCGUGCGCUUUCGGGAUUAACGCUUACUGUCUUAAGGAAGAGAGUUCUGAAAUAAUGAAAGUCACCACGAAAUUGAUGGACUUAAAAUCGUUCGUUAGAACCUUCUCAAUAUUUAGUUAUUUCUUUGCGCCUAUGUUUGUUGACAUUUUUAGACUUACUUUUGUGGAUAAAACCUCUUCGAAUUACUUGGUCAAAAUUUUUAACACCACGAUUAAAGAACGCCAGAAGCAAAAUAUUGUGCGACACGACUUAAUCGAUUUGCUUAAUAAUCUGAAGCAGAAGGAGACUUUUAAUGACAGUUACAAAUUCGACGAUAUCAAAAUGGCCGCUCAAGCUGUCGCGUUUUUUUCAGCAGGAAACGACACGACGUCUCUAGCAAUAUCAUUCGUUUUAUACGAGUUAGCUUUACAUCCGGAGAUUCAAACCCGACUUAGAAAAGAAAUCACCGACAUUUUUCAAAAAUAUGGCGACUUUACUUAUGAAGCUAUCAACGAAAUGAAGUAUUUGGACAUGGUGUUAAAUGAAACUCUACGAAUGUAUCCGCUAACCAGCUUUCUGAACAGAAAAUCUGCCACCAAAUACACUUUUGAGGAAACCGGUUUUACUCUAGAUGAAGACGUUUCUAUUAUCGUUCCAGUCGCUGGAUUGCACUUUGAUCCAGAAUAUUUUCCUGAUCCGGAGAAGUUCGACCCUGAAAGAUUUAGUGACGCUAAUAAACAUAAAAUAGUACCAUACACUUAUUUGCCUUUCGGGGAUGGCCCUAGAAAUUGUAUUGGUCAAAGAUUUGGGAUUCUUGCAAGCAAAGUCGCUUUGGCAUUUAGUUUGAAAGAUUUUGUUUUUGAAAAGGCUGCAGUUACAUCAGUGCCGCUGCAGUUUGAAGCCCGUUCUUUGUUUAUGACCAAUAAGUCUGGUCUGCAGCUGAAAGCAGUUAGAAUAUGAGAAGAUACUUGAAAAUAAACUUUUACUUAAGAUAAAACUCUAAAGUCUAUCAGAGAGGCUCAUAUUGUACAAAAAUAUAGAGAUUAGUAAAUUAGUAGGUGUAUAUAUUUUUUUAAUAAAAGUGAUAUA